AUGGACAUGAUUACUGAUAAGCCAAUGCAUCAUAAUCGCCCAGACAUGGUUUUCCAAGACAUAGCAGGGAAAAAAGUCACAAUAAUAGACUUUGCAGUUCCAUCAGACUCCAAUAUGACACAGAUGUAUGACGAAAAAAUAUCUAAAUACCAGGAACUGGCAACAGAAAUCAAAAAGCUAUGGAACCUAGCUAAAGUUGAGAUUCUGCCAAUUAUUAUAUCAGCUAACGGACUAGUAUAUAAAAAUAUGCGAAGCCACCUAAAAAAUCUUCAAAUCCCGACCAGCAAAAUUUUGGCGAUGCAAAGGGUUGUGGUACUUGGCACAACAACGCUAGUACGGAAAGUUAUGUCUUCAUAA